AUGUCAGAAAAUAUUGUAACCAAUUUUCCUUGUUUCACAUUUCCACUACAAUCAUUUAUUGAAGCAAAAGUUUCAUUUAAUAAACGAAGUAGCACUCAUAAACUACAUUUGCCAGCUCCUUCUCCAAAGUGUUUAUGGAAUAUACCAGCACCAGAUUUCAGUUUAUACAGGUGGGAACCGAAUCCCCCUAAGAGAAACAGUCGUCAAUCGAUAAAACCUGAAAGAAUUAAAACUGUGAAAAAGGAAAACGACAGUGUUGACAAUAAGAUUAUAGAAUCAACUGGGGAACACGAUAGAGAGACAAUUCCUAGAUUAAAAUUUGUCAGAUCUAUGAGACCUUACACAGCUAAGAUUUUAUUUGUCAAAUGUGGGUCGUUUAAACCAGGUCCGUACAUAAUGCCUAAACCACAUGACCAUCGAGGAUUGACGCCUACAAAUGAAAGUAAACAUCCAAAAUUUAUCACAACAUAUGAAAAAGAUCCGAUGAAUCUCAAUUUCCUAAAGAAGACAAGACAACAAAGUAAGUGUGCAUAA